UUUGGGAGGUCUGCCUCUGCGCCACGGUGCUGGAAUCUCGACCAGCUGUGCAAAGUCCACAUGGGCCACCCAGUUAGGCCCUUUGAGGCAGGCCAUGAGAGCCGACUUCAGGUGACAGUGGAAACGCUCCACCGGUCCGUUCGACUGUGGGUGGUAAGCAGUUGUGUGGUGCAGCUGUGUCCCCAAAUAGCUGACCACAGGCUGGAGGUGAACUGGGCGCCUCUGUCGGAGGUAAUGUGGGUCGGUACACCAAAGCGAGAUAACCAGGUGGCAAUCAAUGCCCGGGCGCAAGAUUCGGAGGUGGUGUUGGGGAGUGAACCGGUCCACGAUAGUCAGGAGGUGCCGCACUCCUUGCGACGCUGGCAGGGGGCCCACGAUAUCCACAUGAAUGUGGUCAAAAUGCCGGUGGGUGGGGUGGAACUGCUGCGGCAGAGCUUUGGUGUGCCGCUGCAUCUUGGCUGUUUGGCAGUGCAUGCACGUUUUGGCCCAUUCACUGACCUGCUUGUGGAGUCCGUGCCAAACAAACAUGUUGGCCACCAUCCGGACAGUUGUCCUGAUGGAGGGGUGCGCCAAGUUGUGAAUGGAGUUGAAAACGCACUGCCGCCAGGCUGCUGGAACGACGGGGUGGGGUUGGCUGGUGGUGACGUCACAGAGUAGGGUCCUCUUACCUGGGCCUAUGGGGAGGUCCUGGAGCUGCAAACCGGAGACUGCAGUCCUGUAACUAGGGAUCUCCUCAUCUGCCUGCUGCGCCUCCGCCAGUGUUUCAUAGUCUACCCCCUGGGACAGGGCUUGGAUGUUAGGGCGGGAGAGUGCAUCCGCCACGACAUUGUCCUUUCCCAAGACAUGCCGGACAUCCAUCGUGUAUUCAGAGACGUAGGAUAGAUGUCGCUGCUGGCGAGAUGACCAGGGGUCGGAUGCUUUCGUGAAUGCAAAGGUUAGAAUGACAAAGAAUUUGUGUAUGGAAAUCUCAAACACAACAACACGUCAGUUUUGCUGUCUCUGUCCAGAUAUUUAAGGAGUGACCAGGUAUUUCCUUUGUAAACACCAAUAUAUCUGUUGAUGAUCCUGGGAGAAGAGGAUGUAACUCAUCCCAACUGGAAGUGUGCUUUGUCUCUGAAAGGAUGACAUUUUCUAUUUCAACUCCAUGAAAUCCACUGGAGCUGGGGUGUUAAGAACACACCAGCAUGUGUUCACUGGAGAUCUUCAACUGCAUUGAUUGUGCAUGGGAUUCAUCUGAGUCAAUGAAUUACCAGAGAAUUGAUAACAGGGAGAUAUCAUUCUCCUUCUCUUGUUGUGGGAAGGGAUUCACUCACUCAGCCAACCCAUAGGCACACCAGUGAGUUGACAGUGUGGAGCAAGGCCAUUCAUCUGUUCUGUGUUUGGGAUGGAAUCAACUCAGUCGUUCAGCUGGAAGACACAUCAGCAAGUUCACACCAUAGUGAGAAGGAUGGUUCACCUUUCCUGACUGCAGGAAGCAAUUCACUCUGUCAUGCAAGCUGAAUUCACACCAGUGAGAGGCUGCUCAUCUGUUCCGUGUGUGGGAAGAGGUUUACUCACAACCUACCUGCAGAUACAUCACUGAAUUUACAAGGGAGAGUGUGUGGGAAGACUUUCACUUGGUCAUCUGAUCUGCUGACACACAGCAAAUUCACACCAGAGAGGUUGAACAUCUUCUCAGACUGUGGGAAGUGAUUCACUCAGACAUCUCACCUACUGACACACCAGUCAGUUCACACUGGGGAGAUGCCAUUCACCUGCUCAGAUUGUGGAAAGGGAUUUGCACAGUCAUCACAACUGAAAGUACAUCAGCGAGUUCACACUGGGGAGAGUCCGUUCACCUGCUCAGACUGUGGGAAGGCAUUCACUCAGUCAUCCCACUUACAGACUCAUAAGCGAGUUCACACUGGGGAGAGGCCAUUCACCUGUUCUGUGUGUGGGAAGGGAUUCACACAGUUAUGCCACCUACAGACACACCAGUCAGUUCACACUGGGGAGAAACCAUUCAUCUGCUCAGAAUGUGGGAAGGGUUUCACUCAGUCAUCUCAAAUGAAGUUACAUCAGCGAGUUCACACUGGGGAGAGGCCGUUCACCUGCUCAGACUGUGGGAGAGCAUUCACUCAGUCAUCUAACUUACAGAGACACCAGCGACUUCACACAGGAGAGAGACCAUUCACCUGCUCAGACUGUGGCAAGGGAUUUACUCAGUUAUGCAAUCUACAUGCACACCAGUCAGUUCACACUGGGGAGAUGCCGUUUACCUGCUCAGAUUGUGGGAAAGGAUUUCCUCGGUCAUUUCAACUGAAGGUACAUCAACGAGUUCACACUGGGGAGAGGCCAUUCAUCUGCUCAGAAUGUAGAAAGGCAUUUACUCAGUCUUCUCAACUGAAAGAACACCAACGAGUUCACACUGGAGAGAUGCCGUUCACCUGCUUUGAAUGUGGGAAGGGAUUCACUCAAUCAUCUCACCUACAGACACACCAGCGAGUUCACACGGGGGAAAGACCGUUCACCUGCUCCGUGUGUGGGAAGGGAUUCACUCACUCAUCCAAUCUACAGACGCACCAAUCAGUUCACACCGGGGAGAGACCAUUUGUCUGCACAGACUGUGGAAAGGGAUUUCCUAGGUCAUUUCAAUUGAAAAUACAUCAGCGGGUUCACACUGGGGAGAGGCCGUUCAUCUGCUCAGACUGUGGAAAGGGGUUCACUCAGUCAUCUCACCUACUAGCACACCAGUCAAUUCACACUGGGGAGAUGCCAUUCAUCUGCUCAGAUUGUGGGAAAGGAUUUCCUCGGUCAUUUCAACUGAAGCUACAUCAGCGAGUUCACACUGGAGAGAGGCCAUUCACCUGCUCGGUCUGUGGGAAGGCGUUCACUCAGUCAUCUCAACUACGGGAACAUCAGCGAAUUCACACAGGGGAGAGGCCGUUCAUCUGUUCUGAAUGUGGAAAGGGAUUCACUCAAUCAUCCAACCUUGUGUCGCACUAUCGAGUUCACACUGGGGAAAAAGGUUUAAAAAGCCGCAUGAUGGAUAUUUAACCAUCACAGUUGCUGUAUCCAGAAGCAAGUUUAAAAAUUAAACUGUUGGUGUUGAAAUCUGCAAUUAUUGCUGCUGCUCAUCACACCCAGUCUGCACCCUGGUUGGCAGGAGUUUCUUCUGCUGCUGUUCACCUGGAGUUUAAUAUUCUGGAUCUGUGACAAAUGAAUCAGUGAUAUUUUAAACUCUGUCUUGGGUAUCUAGUGAAUUUACAACACACCCAUUGAACAUCUGUUCACCACUUGCCCUUCCUGUGGUGAUGGGUUCGAAACAGUCACCACUCUGUGGGUGAAGGUUUCUCUUGAAUUUCUUGCAUGACUUUCUCUAGACUGAAGAAGCAAAAGAUGAGCUUGCUGCUGUCAUGUUGGACAUGUUCUUUGUCCCUGAAAUCUCUGGGCCGAGGAAGAAUGACAUUGGUAGUUCACCUCAUUCCCUGUUCAUCUCAAAGUUCAAAGUCAAUUUUAUUAUCAAAGUAUAUAUGUCAUCAGAUACAAUCUUGAGAUUCACUUUCCUGUGGGUAUAUUUAAUAAAUCUAUAGAAUAAUAACCAUAACAGAAUCAAUGAAAGACUGCCCAACUAGAAUGUUCAACCAGAGUGCUGAAAACAAUUAAUAUUGAGACCAUGAGAUGAAGAGACCUUGAAAGUGAGUCUAUUGGUUGUGGGAACAUUUCAGUGAUGAGGCAAUUGAAGAUGAGUGAAGUUAUCAACAUUGUGGGCCAUUUUCUCUGCUUCUAAUGGGCUAUGUCUCACGCAGCUGGGUUGUUACAAUACACCACUGUCCUCUAAAGGCUGAAAGCAGAACAGGGAACUGUUGGAUGUUCAGUGGUGCAGGAUCAGAAACCAGAGACAGGUCAGUACAGGACAAGAGUUUGGGCUCUGGACAACGGUAGGGGUAAGAGCAUAUGAUGAGGAGUGAGGGGUGGGUAAAGUGGCAACAAAUAACAGGGUAGCAACUUUUGACAGAGAAAAGUUUGGUUGACUUUGACUGUUGACACACCCAAUGCCUGUUGAGUACUUUGCUUGUGGGAACUUGCUGUGCUAAACUGGCUACUGAGUUUUCAUAAAAAUAUUUACAAGCUAUCUAAGGAUCUGGGAUGCAGAUGAAAGAUAUAGUUCCAAGUUUAUCUGGCAUGAAGAACAUAAAAUAUCUUUCAGAUAAGUAAUUGCACAAUUUUGUACCAAUUAAAGUAGAACAUUGAGAUCAGGCCCGAUGUCCAGAACCUGCUGAUGGCCAUACCUCAGUAGUUAAUGGGAAAAGUUAAGAACUGGGUCCAACUUGCAGUGAAUUACAGUGCCAAUUAGAGCUGCACGAGGAAAAAAAACACAAACUCCUUGUAUCACUUUUGGUCUGAGUUUGAGUUGUCGCUCUCCUCAAUGCUAACGGAAGAUGUUUUUGAAAUUCAGAGACAUAGCUAAUUAUUGAUAUGGACUGUAAUUUAUAUUGGUCUUCUUAAUUGUUUCUGUGCUUUCUUUCUUGUUGCUGAUUGGUGGUUGGACGAUAUGUUUUUUAGGUGAGGGAGGGGUUGGGGAUUUGAGGUCUGAUGUUCCUGUUUUUCUGUGUGAGUGAUCUGGUAGUUUUUAUGUGAGGGAGGGGUUGGGGGGUUGAUAUUUUAGCUGUCAUGUCUGACUGGGUGAUCUGGUAGUUUUUAUGUGAGAGUUUGGGGGGGGGGGGUUUGAUGUUUUAGCUGCUGUAUCUAGGUGAGCAAUCUGGUAGUUUUUGUGUGAGGGAGGGGUUGUAGGGGUUGAUGUUAUAGCUGCCAUGUGUCUGGGUGGGUGAUCUGGUAGUUUCUGUGUGAGGGAGGAGUUGAGGGGUCUGAGGUUUGCAAGUUUUGCUUCUUUCUCUUUUUCGUAUGAGGGGUUGAUGUCUUUUCUUUCAAUGACUCAAGGCUUUUCUCAUAUUUUCAUUGCUAUCUGGAGAAGUCAUUGUAUUCUGUGUGCAUACUUAGAUAAUAAAAUUAACCUUUGAACAGUU